GACUUUUUUUAUGAUUCACAGAAGUGGUCAACGUGCUGAAAGAACUGGGCAUUUCACAGCAUAGCGCGUACCUGCACACCUCUUCAUUUACCAUGGCAUACCAGUUCUUCGCAAAGGCGCAUCAGUCGAAAGCGCCGACUUCUCCACCACUCUCCCCUCCAUCCUCCUCUUCCUCCAGCAACAGACACCCCAAACCUCCUAUACACCCUCCAUCGCUGGUUCUCCCUCAUUCUGCGACCUCUACCAGCAUCGCAGAAAGGGUCAAACCACCAACAGGCAAAGACUCGUCUUUCCACCCCCCCGCAUACCCCCAUCCCAUCGCACCCACUUACAAAACCCCGCACCCUCAUGUUACCAUCGAAUCUGUGAGCACCGCUCACAUACCCUCUCUAAUCCGGAUCACGGGCUUGCUUCUCCCAAUACGCUACCCAAACUCCUUCUACACAGCGACCAUCACAGACCCCGUGAUCGCGUCGGUGUCACGCGUGGCCAUUUAUCAUGAUCACCCGGGGGCCGCGGCGCCAGCCUCCACUUCAUACGCUCCCACAUCCGCGUCCCCGCUAGGAACAAGCACGGGGACAGACAAAGUGAUCGGAGGAAUCAGGUGUCGCUUAGAGCGGCUCCCUCCAACCACUGCCGAACUUCUCCAGACCCAGUCGAAGCCCGGUUCGCAGGAGCCGACAAAUCUCUACAUCCAGACCCUGCAUCUGCUUUCCCCAUAUCGGGGCUGCGGUGUUGCGGCUUCGCUUCUUAACUCAUUGCUCUUCUCUUCUGCCCCUUCAUCUUUGUCUUCUAGCUCGCGGUCUACUUACCAGGUCUCGGAAUUAGUGAAACACUACAACGUGCGCACUGUCACGGCACAUGUGCAUGAAGCCAAUGAAGAAGGUCUAAAAUGGUACAUCGCGCGCGGCUUCCAGGUGGAGGAGGGCGUGGUUGAGAAUUACUAUCGGCGGUUGAAGCCGUCCGGGGCAAGAAUUGUCAAGCUCGUUCUGCAGUGGAAUGACGAUGCCAGUGACGAGGCUGCGAAAGUUGAUGGGACCCCUGCGUCUAGCCAGUCGGCGGAAGACAACCGGAAGAGCCCGGAAGAGGAUGACGACUGGGAAAAGGUCGAAGCGGAAGAUGGAGAAGACAAUGAGGAUCACGGCGUACAACCGUUCACAGACUCUAAGAUCCUUGAGGUUGAUGAUGGUGUGAACAGGAAACGGAAGGCCGACGACGAGCCUCAGCGAGCAUGAUCCUACCUUCCACUUGUUUAUUGGCGGUGUUGAAUGGAGUUCGCUUGUCUAUUUGUUCUUCUCUCUGCUCACCUAUUUAGGAUACCCUUCAACUGCUGCGUCUAAGAGAUGUACAGAUCUUUCGUUCAGGUUGUUUGUCUGCUUAGAAUUGUAUACACUGCAUAUGUUUCGCUCUUAGAAUUGAUUAUCAAGAGACAUAGAGU